AUGGGUAACGCGCUCUUGCUCGCCAACACCUUCAUAUUCCCGGCUCCGCCGGCGUCGUACACAUCCCAGCUCUAUGAGCUCAUAUGGAUCCCCAAGCGCUUUGCGUUCGACACACACAGCGGCCGCGCGGCCGCGCCUGGGUCGUUCCCCGUGCUCUACCUGCCGUCGCCCGCACCGUCCAAUGUCGUCAUGAUAUACCUCCACGGUAACUCAUGCGACAUCGGCCAGGUCAAGCCGGAGCUGCGGCUCAUCAGCCACGAGCUGAACGCCACAAUUAUGGCUGUGGAGUACCCGGGCUACGGCGUCUCUCCGGAGGUGGCGGUGGCCACCGGCGAACUGAUCAACUUUCGGGUCCGCGCCACCGUCAACUUCCUCAUCUCGCUCGGCGUCGACCCCAGGUCGAUUGUGCUUUUCGGCAGGUCGAUCGGCACCGGGCCCGCUGCCGCCAUAGCAGCCGAGUUCAAGAAGCGCGGCGUGCAGUGCGGCGGUGUCGUGCUGCAGUCGCCGUACAUCUCGAUCCACAAGAUCGUCGAGGAUUACUUCACCCUGGGGACCUGGCUCGUGAGCAACUUCUGGGACACGGAGAAGGCGCUGCGUGACAUGGCGCCCACGACGCCGCUGCUGAUCAUCCACGGCCUCGUGGACGAGAUCGUGCCGGUGGCUCACGGGCAGACGCUCUUCGAGUCGUACAGCAGCGACCUCAAGAUGGCCGACUUCCAGCCGGCGUCCAAGCACAACAUGUACUCCAUCAUCGAGGACGUGUGCGUUCCCAUCGAGAAGUUCCUGACGACGCUGAGUCUCUCGAAGGACGCGCCGGUCGUCAACCUCAAGCUUCCGCAGUGGUGCCUCUACAGCUGCCACAAGCUCGUGAGCGGCCAGACUCUCAUGGAGCGCAACCGGAAGGCCGGAAUGGCCGCAAACCAGGAGAAGCAGAUCUGCUCCGCCCGGACGCACGAGCGCCGGGGGAGGCCACAGCUGGUGCGGAACUAUUCCAUGAACGACGGCGUGCGCCCGCACGGAAAGGAGGACGAUCUCGUCCCGGACGAUGGCGGACUCGUCAUUGCCAGGAAGAUCGAGGCAGGCUCAGUCAGCGCCCGCAGCGCGCCGGCAACAGAGGGUGCACCCAGGCAGGUCAAUCGCACCACCUCGAAAACCAGCUUCCAGUCCUCCCUGCAGUACCUGCAAGAGCAGAACGACAUCAACAGCGACGAGAUCUCAGAAAUCGUCAACGACGCCAUAGCGCGCACCACCAACAUGUAG